UUCAAAAGACCAUCUGACUACGCGAGUGUACAAAAUAUACACAAGCAAUUGGGUUAUGUUAUUAUCAAACCACAUAACAUAUAUGCAAUCAUUUACGACGUUUAAUUAUAUAUUUUCAAUAUGACCUCAUCAAUAGGACGCAGAAUUCUUACAAAAUUAUGCAGAAGCAAAUUAAACAGUUUGUCAUCGCAAAUUAUUGUCACAAGAUUUAGCAGUAUAGCUACUGAGGAAAAUGUGAAGUCUGUGAGAAAUGCCAUUCCUGCUUUGCAACCGGGAAAAAUUCAAGCUGCAUUGCUGAAAGAAUUUUCCAAUCCGCUCGUUAUCGAGAAUGUCGAGCCGCCGAAAAGAGUGCAAGUAAACGAAGUUCUCAUUGAUGUUCAUUAUUGUGCUUUGAAUGCUUCCGAUACGCUUCUCAGCCAGAACUUGUACACAUUUGAACCAAAAUUACCGAUGGUUCUUGGUUAUGAAGUUGUUGGGAAGCUGAUUGAGAUCGGUGCAGAAGCAGAGAAAAAUGGCUACAAAGUUGGCGAUAAGGUCAUCGCUCUUAACAAGGAACGAUACGGAGGCUUAGCUGAUAAAUGUCUGGCAGAAGUUGGAGAUAUAUGGAAAGCACCUCCUAUGGCAAGUUCCAGAGAUGCUGCUAGCAUCCUGGACAACUACAUUACUGCUUUAGUUGCUCUAGAAAGAAAAGUCAAUAUUGACGAGGACGACAUGAUCAUAAUAAACGUUGGGAUAAGCGGCGUUGGCCUGGCAGCAGUGGAUCUUGCGACAAAUGUCUUCAAGGCUAAGGUCGUAGGAGUUUGCGCUUCAGAGGAGGGAGCGGGCCAAGUGCGAGAAAAAGGAGCGUUUGCAUCUCUUAAAUACAAAGAUAAGAAAUUAUUGAAGCAGAUAGAGGAAAUUGCAGCCGAACGAGACAUCAAAGGCAUCUUCGACGACGUCGAUGGAGAAUGUUUCAAAAAGAUAUUAAGUUGCUUCACCGACGUCUACAAAGACGCUACGUUGAAGGACUUGCUGCGUGAUGACAAUUUUGCUGUGGUGGUGCAUCAUUUGUCUCGCGAAGGGCGCGUGAUCGUAGCUGGCACGGCAGCGGCCACGACGGAUGUUCAUUCAGAGGUGCAGAAAGGUUCUUUCAGCGUCACGGGCUUCAAUCUUACGGAAUACAGGAGGAAAAAGCCUGACGUAUAUCGCGAAGCAGGAGACAACGUGUUACAAUUCCUUGAAGAGAAGCUCAUUACACCAUCUUGUUCGCUGAUUGUUGGCUUGCACAAAAUUAACGAUGCCUUACGAUUUCUUGCUGAAAGUAAAUCUUCGGGGAAAGUCGUAAUUGACAUCAGAAACAAGGAUGCUGAUGCAGUGAAAGUGACGGCAUAAAGAGAUCUGUAUGAAUUCUUCAUAAGUAGUCUACAAUUUCUAAGUUCCAAUGCGAUUUAAUAACAAAAAAUAUUUUUUUGCACAGUGAUAUUUUGUAUAUAUCUAA